AUGACAAAGGGAACAGUUAAAGUUGUGGUCUGUGGUGAUGAUAAAGUUGGUAAAACCAGCUUGAUUGUCACUCUUAUGAAAGACAGAUUCGUGCCUAAUCUUCAGGAUGUUCUACCACCUGUUACAAUUAAUCGUGACUUUUCCUCGAAUCCUUACUCUCCAAAGGGUACCAUUUUAAUUGAUACAAACAAUGAAGAUAUCACCCAAUUACACUUACAGUUGAAGUCUGCCGAUGUUAUAUGGCUAGUAUAUUCUGACCAUGAAUCAUACGAAAAAAUAUCAUUAUAUUGGAUGAUGCUCUUUAGAUCGUUAGGGUUAAAUAUUCCUGUGAUUCUCUGUAAAAAUAAAUGUGAUCGAUUUAACAAUGUCUAUAAUAUGGAUAAUCAAGCUAAUAUUAAUGUAGAUACAAAAGUGGAAGAUGAAGAGUUUAUUCCUAUUUUAAUGGAAUUCAAAGAGGUUGAUACUUGCGUCAAGGUAAGUGCGUUAACCAAGUAUAAUAUAAACCAGGCAUUUUACCUAUGCCAAAGGUCAAUUACCUACCCAAUUGUGCCUCUGUUUGAUGCUCGUCUUGGCCAGCUAAAACCUUUGGCACGAGAGGCCCUGGAGAGGAUAUUUCUACUGAGUGACAAUGAUCAGGAUAAUUAUCUGAAUGAUGAAGAGAUGCUGGCUUUACAAAAGAAAUGCUUCAAUAAAAGUAUUGAUAUAAAUGAAUUGGAAUUUAUAAAAGACACAUUAUUAGAUUUAAAAUCAUCUAGUUUGUCGUACCAAAAUCCAUUUUAUGUUGAAGGAAAAGGUAUUACUAAGGAAGGAUUUCUAAAGUUGAACAAAAUUUAUGCUGAGAAAGGAAGACAUGAGACGAUAUGGGGUAUGCUACGUGAGUUCCGAUACACUGAUUCUUUAUCUUUGGACGAUAUGAUAUUACAUCCCAGACUCAAUAUUCCUGAUACUUCGAGUGUAGAAUUAAGCCCGAAAGGAUAUAGAUUUCUGGUAGACUUAUUUCUGAAAUAUGACAAGGACAAUGAUGGUGGUUUGAAUGAUGAAGAACUUAUAUCCAUGUUUCAAUGCACUCCUGGUUUACCGAAGCUGUGGUCUCAGACAGAUUUUCCUUUAUCCAGUGUUGUGAAUAAUAGGGGCUCUAUUACAUUACAAGGUUGGCUAGCCCAAUGGAGUAUGACGACAUUCCUUAAUUAUUCAAUUACCACUGAAUAUUUAAUAUGGCUUGGUUAUGAAGGGGAUACUAGAAUGGCAUUGCAAAUCACCAAGGCUAGAAGAUUUAGGCGGCGAUCUGGGAAAUUUUAUAGAACCAGAGUUACCGACAGAAAAGUUUUUAACUGUCUGAUAAUUGGGAAACAAAAGUGUGGUAAGACCUCAUUAUUAGAUUCCUUUUUAGGCCGAAUAUAUUCCACACUAUACACUCCUACAACUAAACCUAGGAUAGCUGUCAAUAGUUUAGAAUUAAAAGGUGGGAAACAAUAUUAUUUAAUUCUGCAAGAGUUCAACGAGUUAGAUGAAACAAAUAUUUUAAAAGAUAAAAGAAAAUUGAAGGAAUGUGAUGUUUUAUGCUUAACGUACGAUUCUAGUGAUCCAGAAUCAUUUUCCUAUAUUAUUGAUCUAUUCAAGAAAUACAAUAAAUAUAUAAAGUCAAUUCCGAUCGUAUUUGUAGCAUUAAAAGCAGAUUUGGACAAGCAGCAGCAGAGAUGUAGCUUCCAACCAGAUGACUUUUGCGAACAAUUAUACCUAGAUCAUCCAUUGCAUGUUUCAUCAUUGUGGUUGAGCUCUCUUAAUGAGUUGUUUAUCAAAAUAACUGAAACGGCAUUAAAACCAGAAGAAUGUACUGCUGGGUUUCCUGAAGAAAUGAGCGUAGAAGAUUCUGACUAUAUGCAAACAGCAGUUGUACUCGGUUCUAGUGUGGGAUUUGUGACUCUAUUGGCAUUUACACUGGUGAAGCUUUUUAAGGCUAGUGAUCAUCGAUAA